AAGAAAUGUUUGCUUGCAGUUGUUCCCUUUUACGCUGAGGUGUUUUGUUUGUUUUAAAUGCAGACUCUAGGUCAGGAGAAGCUGAUUUGAGAUCUCUGUGCCUCUCGGGAAAGCUCUCCCUCCAGUAUUUCAUCAAAUGCCUCCCCUUAACCCGAGUAUCCUAAGAAAUCCUGAAGCAAGAGGGUUUCAUGAAACAGCAUUGGUGGCUGCCUUUAACUACUUUGGAAUAAACUCUGGCAUAUCGCACGGGGUUUUUUGGUGGAAUAAUUUUAAAUUAUUUAGGUACAGAUAAAACAAGUGAACAUUCAAGGAGGUUUUUUAGGGAACUCAUCCAUCCACUUGGAUUUCUACUGCUAUUUAAAGAAAUUGUUACUGGCUUUCAGGCCGGGUUUUCUUAGCCACCUUUCCUUCACUCCUAUGACAGUUCUUUCGCUUUCCUUAAGCUUUAGUGAAGUGAGGUAAGAAAAGACGGCUGAUUAAUUUCCUUCAAGCAACUUUUUCAGUCCGCGGCUUUAAUGCCCCGUACUUUGCUGUUAUGGUGGCAGAAUGGAUUGCCUGUGCAUUCUAACCACAAAGAAAUAUAGAUAUCAAGAUGAAGAUACUCCUCCCCAAGAACACAGCUCUCCAAACAUUACCAAUGAGGUGACAGGCCCUGAACUGGUUCAUGUCUCGGAGAAAAAUCUGUCAGAGAUAGAAAAUGUCCAUGGAUUUGUUUCCCAUUCUCAUAUUUCACCAGUGAAGCCAACAGAAGCCGCACCUCCCUCUCCUCCCAUUGUCCCUGUGAUCCCUGUCCUGCCCGUCUCUGCUGAGAAUACUGUCAUCCUGCCCACAACACCACAGGCAAAUCCUCCUCCAGUGCUGGUCAACACAGAGAACUUAGAGACUUCACCAUAUGUCAAUGGAACAGAUGCAGAUUAUGAAUAUGAAGAAAUCACACUGGAACGGGGCAAUUCGGGGCUUGGUUUUAGCAUCGCAGGGGGCACCGAUAACCCCCACAUUGGCGACGACUCGAGUAUUUUCAUUACAAAAAUCAUUGCCGGGGGAGCAGCGGCACAGGAUGGACGACUGCGCGUUAACGACUGUAUUUUGCGAGUAAAUGAAGUUGACGUCCGGGAUGUGACACACAGCAAAGCAGUGGAAGCCUUGAAGGAAGCGGGUUCCAUCGUGCGUCUGUACGUCAAGCGACGGAAGCCAGUGACGGAGAAGACAGUGGAGAUCAAGCUGGUGAAAGGCCCCAAAGCAGGUCUUGGGUUCAGUAUAGCUGGUGGAGUCGGGAACCAGCAUAUUCCUGGGGAUAACAGCAUCUAUGUCACCAAGAUUAUUGAAGGGGGAGCAGCCCAUAAAGAUGGCAAACUUCAGAUUGGAGAUAAACUUUUAGCGGUGAAUAGUGUCUGCUUAGAAGAAGUGACUCAUGAAGAAGCCGUGACAGCCUUAAAGAACACGUCUGACUUUGUCUACCUGAGAGUAGCAAAACCUACCAGUAUGUACAUGAACGAUGGCUGCGUUCCUCCUGAUGUCACCAACUCUUAUUCUCAACCUGUGGAUAACCACAUUAGUCCACCUGCUUAUUUGGGCCAAACACCAGCAUCACCAGCCAGAUACUCCCCAGUUCCCAAAGGGAUGCCUGGAGAUGAUGAAAUUACAAGGGAACCAAGGAAAGUCGUUCUUCAUCGUGGCUCAACUGGCCUCGGUUUCAACAUUGUAGGAGGGGAAGAUGGAGAGGGAAUAUUUAUUUCCUUUAUUCUUGCUGGAGGGCCUGCCGAUCUUAGUGGAGAACUCCGGAAAGGAGACCGGAUCAUAUCGGUGAAUAGCGUCGACCUCCGAGCAGCUACUCACGAACAGGCGGCAGCGGCCCUGAAGAACGCUGGUCAGGCCGUCACCAUCGUGGCCCAGUAUCGGCCUGAAGAGUACAGUCGUUUUGAAGCAAAGAUCCAUGACUUACGGGAACAAAUGAUGAACAGCAGCAUCAGCUCGGGCUCGGGUUCCCUUCGGACCAGCCAGAAGCGCUCCCUCUACGUCAGAGCCCUGUUUGAUUAUGAUAAGACAAAAGACAGCGGCCUUCCCAGUCAAGGGCUGAAUUUCAAGUUUGGGGACAUCCUUCAUGUCAUCAACGCCUCUGACGACGAAUGGUGGCAAGCGAGGCAGGUGACGCCAGACGGCGAGAGCGACGAAGUCGGUGUGAUUCCCAGUAAACGGAGAGUUGAGAAGAAAGAACGAGCCCGGUUAAAAACAGUGAAAUUUAAUUCUAAAACAAGAGGAGAUAAAGGGCAGUCACUCAAUGGCAAGCGUAAAAAGAACCUCUUUCCCCGAAAGUUCCCCUUCUACAAGAGCAAGGACCAGAGUGAGCAGGAAACCAGUGACCUUGACCAGCAUGUGACUUCUAAUGCCAGCGAUAGUGAAAGUAGUUACCUAAUCUUGAUUGCAGAUGAGUAUGGUUGUUCACAAGGUGGUCAAGAAGAAUACGUCCUGUCCUAUGAGCCUGUGAAUCAGCAAGAAGUUAAUUACACUCGACCUGUGAUCGUCUUGGGACCCAUGAAAGACAGGAUCAAUGAUGACCUGAUCUCCGAAUUCCCGGAUAAGUUUGGCUCCUGCGUUCCCCAUACCACCAGACCAAAGCGAGACUAUGAAGUGGACGGUAGAGACUACCACUUUGUGACCUCGAGGGAACAGAUGGAAAAGGACAUCCAAGACCACAAGUUCAUCGAGGCCGGGCAGUACAACGGCCACCUCUAUGGAACCAGCGUGCAGUCUGUGCGCGAGGUUGCUGAGAAGGGCAAACACUGCAUUCUGGACGUCUCAGGAAACGCCAUCAAGAGGCUGCAGAUUGCGCAGCUCUACCCCAUCUCUGUGUUCAUCAAACCCAAAUCUGUGGAGAAUAUCAUGGAAAUGAAUAAGCGUCUGACGGAGGAACAAGCCCGGAAGACCUUUGAGAGAGCCGUGAAACUGGAACAGGAGUUUACAGAGCAUUUCACAGCUAUCGUGCAGGGAGACACACUGGAAGACAUUUACAACCAAGUGAAGCAGAUCAUCGAGGAGCAGGCCGGCCCCUCCAUCUGGGUGCCAGCGAAGGAGAAGCUGUGAGGGGGGCUUCAGACCGGCCCCACCCCGGGCUGCCCUCAGGCCGAGCUGCCGGGCCCGCCCUGCGGAGCCCGCCCUUUUCUGAAGCAUCUAAGCCUUUUUGUUCACUCCUUUGUAUUCGUGUAUUACUGUUGGUCUGCCGCCAUUUUUCUGAACUGAAGAGGGAAUGGCCUGACCAGCUAUUAAGGGUUUGGGGGGACGGGGAAACUGUGGCAAAUUCCUUAAUGUUUAAGGGAAAGUAACUUUCAGAGAUUUUCAGAAAAGCUUUAUAUACAGUCUUUUAAAAUUUCAUAACAAAUGAAAGAAAAACGGUCUUAAUCAAUGAUUUAGUCAAUUGUGAGCAACUUUGCACGCCUACUUUAAUAGCAUGGUUUGGCCAGUGUCGUUUUCAAGGUUUUUCUUCUUCCAAAUUUGACGACUGAUUUAUCAGAGCAAAGAGUUUUUGUUUGUUUUUCAGGCAGUUAAGGAAAAUCUCUGCUUUUGUUUGUUCUCUUUAAUUUCAAAAUUAAUGUCUGCAUUAACUUUCAUAGUUUCACAAGGGAAUAUUCGUUUUCUUAAGGGUUGCUUUACUUUUAAGUCGUCUUGUCUUUUUUUCCUUUUUUCCCCACCUUCUUUUCUUCCCUGAUACAAUUGCUAGGAAUAACGACGUUCAAUGUUUUUAAUCUUGCUCGUUCAGCACUAUAUACAGUGUCUUACAACUGUUGUUUAUAGCUAAGGAUCAUCCCAUUUUCUGAAUCGAGACCACGUUUAGGUGCUAGGAAAGCUUGCCCUUUCACCCAGAGUUGACGAGUUUAUGGGCAUGGAUUCUGACAAAGCCGAGCCGACCGGACUGUAGCGUCAUGGCCGUCCUUGGGGCUGUGGCCAGGGAACCCGGUUCAGAAAAUGACAAGUGUAUUCUUUGGGGUCAGAUUUUAACGAGUAUUUUACCCACGAUAACUGCCUAUUUUGUUAUAAUAAUAAAAUAUAUAUAUAUUAAACUUUCUUUAACUAAAACUCUGUAACUAUGGGAACUAUUUUCUUUACAUAGUUGCGCACACACACACAUAUAUAAAUAUAUAUAUAUAUUUAAAAAAUAUAUAUUUUUCUUUUACCACCUAUUCCUAACUUUUUGUUUGGUUUUGAAAAGAAAUAUUAAUUAGAAUUGAUCUUCCUUAAUCAUGUGAAAUGCAAACAGAGGGAUAUAUGGUUGUUGGGGGAAAUCUUUAGAAGGAAAUGAGUUGUAAGAAAAUGGUAUGAACACAUUCUCCUCCUUUCUACACAAAGUCCCAGUUACUUGGCUUCUGCUCGCCCCAGGCCUCCCUUCCCCGAGAGGGAGAAGUCGCCCCAGAGCCUCAGCUCGGUGCGCCCCGGCCCUGCCCCUGGGGUCCGCACCAGUCACUCAUCUUCUUCCACCUCCGAGACUGCUUCAGGAGCAAAUUUCUCUGAUCCUUCCUGCGGAUCUGGUCUGGUAGCCGCCCAUCGCUUGUUUGGAGUUUGAUUGUUUAUUAAAUCUGUGUUUACCAAAAACUUCGUUUCUUCUCAGUCGUAUGAGAGCUGGUUUAUGAAGAGUGAUCCAUAUCCAUUCCAUUUGUCAGAAAGGGGAGAACGGCUAAUAAACUUUAUUGUACAACC